AUGACUUCUUCAACAACUACACCUUCACCCACUCUAAUGCCGCAAACUCCAACUCAGUCCCAGGAAAUCGGGAAUUAUUCUAACGCAACACGGAAUACUGCUAUGAAUCAAGUACAAUGUGAUCCAAACGACUCUUCUCAUCGAUUGGAAUACCCGAAAAUCGAUUUGCAGAGCCACGAGAUUCGAAUAUUAUAUCUACUCCCGGGAAACCGUGAUGACCCCCUGCGCUGUAUCUUGCGCGCUCAAUCUCUCGAUGCCAACCAUACAUACGAGGCGCUCUCAUACGUUUGGGGCGAUCCUCUGGAUGUCCGUCCUAUCGAGGUCAACGGCAGGGAAAAGGACGUCACAAUCAAUCUGUUCAACGCUCUUCGAAAAUUACGAUACUCGCAGAGCCAACGAUGUCUCUGGGUUGAUGCUUUGUGCAUUGACCAGGAAAAUGAUAUCGAGAAAUCACACCAGGUGAGGCUGAUGAGCAAGAUAUAUUCGCGUACUAUAAGAGCUAUACUCUGGUUGAGUGACUUCUGCGACACGGCCAACGAAACAACGAACUAUAUCACUUGUGAUGCAGCAAGAGCAGCCUUCAGUCUGAUUGAGUUACUGGCCAACUCUCCUCAUGGUUGUGUUAGCAAUGAUAAAAACAAAAAUUUGAUAGAUGACGGCUAUGUAGGCUUGUCUCGUUUGCUUCAAUUGCCUUGGUGGCAUCGGGCCUGGACCGUGCAGGAAACAGUUCUUCCAUCAGAUGCCAUUUUGGUAUGCGGAACAGUACAGUUAUCAUUUUCUUCCUUUAGAACGGCGUAUCACAACUCCAUUCACCAUCAUUUCCGAACUUGCUGCGACAAGAUGACUGUGCCCGAGACAUUUUGGAACCAUAUGCAUGCACUUAUCUAUGUCAGGAUAUCUCUCGAAGAACACACCAUGUUUAUAGGCGAUGCUUUCAACCUUUUCCGGAAUAGACAUGCAUCUGAUCUGAGGGAUAAGAUGUAUGCCUAUAUCGGUCUGGGGAGUGAUAUCCUACCUGACUACUCACUACCACAUGAACAAGUUUUCAAGCUUGGAACCCGGUCACUCAUUGAAUCGCAAGGUACACUUGAGAGUCUGCUAAGAACCGCCGAGGAGGAGCGAAACCCGACAUUACCAAGCUGGUGUCCAGACUGGUCUGCUGAUAUCAACAACCAAAAUUACGAUUAUGAGAUGGGCUGGUAUUAUCUGCAUCAACUUUACACCGCCGGUGGAGAAGAAAAACCUCGAAUCGGAGCAUCGCAUUCAGAAGACAUCUUGAACCUAUGGGGCGUAAUCUUGGAGAGAGUCAAAUCAGUGGGAGGAGUGAUGGAUAGUGUUGACGACAUGAGGGAAAUGGUUGUCAAGUGGCAAAGCGGCCCUAACGAUGAGUAUCCUCAAGGGGGAACAUACGCAGAAGCUUCAUGGCGCACGCUUAUUUGCGAUGUGAGUCAAGGACAGGGUUCUUACAAGAGACUUGAAAUAGGCGAUAACGGUGAAGCAAUCGUCAAUGGAGAACUCAGGCAGAACCUUGCUGGCAGCAAUACGAGUGCUUUAGGCAGGAAUGGAUUUUUCACAGAGACGGGAUUGAUUGGGCUCGGUAAUCCGGACAUACAAGUGGGGGACUUCAUCGCUAUCUUCCAAGGAGGCAGUAUGCCGUAUAUUCUACGGCAGGUCAAGGUUGAAGAAGGUAAUAUUUACUAUCAGUUUAUUGGGCAAGUUUAUAUUCAUGGGAUUAUGGAUGGCGAGAUACUGGAAAAGGGUUUAGAGUUUGAGUGGAUAAGUCUUGUAUAA